AUGUCGAACGAAAAGGGGGCUCUCGGCGAGUCGCCCAUGAGCCGGAAAAUCCCAUAUUGGCGCAUGGUUAUGGAUCAGGGAGCCGUGACCCAGGAAGUCAUCGAUCAUCCGUAUCCGGGUUCAGGAACAGAAGAGGAUCCAUAUGCUGUCACCUGGCUCCCCAAUGAUCCACGGAACCCUAUGCAGUUCGCCAGUAGCACGAAAUGGUUCAUCACUAUGCUUGCUGCCAUUUCGACCCUGGCCGUUGCGCUGGUUUCAUCAGCCUAUACCGGUGGUGUUGCUCAGAUCAGACAGCAGUUUCACGUCGGUACCGAAGUUUCUACCCUGGGUGUUUCGCUCUUCGUCCUUGGUUUUGCCAUCGGACCUCUGCUCUGGGCUCCUCUGAGUGAAAUGUUCGGCCGUCAGAUCAUUUUCUUUAUCACUUACCUCGCUUUGACUGCCUUCAACUGUGGAAGCGCUGGCGCCCAGAACAUCCAGACUCUGAUCAUCCUUCGAUUUUUCGCUGGAUCAUUUGGCUCCUCCCCUCUUACCAAUGCGGGAGGUGUCAUUGCCGACAUGUUCUCUGCUAAAGAGAGAGGUGUUGCGACGAGUCUUUUUGCGGCUGCUCCAUUUCUGGGGCCCGUUCUCGGCCCCAUCAUUGGAGGUUUCCUGGGAAUGAAUGCCGGGUGGAGAUGGGUGAUGGGCUUCUUGGGAGCCUUUUCUGGCUUCGUCUGGAUCGUAGCCUCCCUGUUCACACCUGAAACAUAUGCACCGGUUCUUCUUCGUCGCCGGGCAGAGAGAUUGUCUAAGAUUACCGGUAAGGUCUAUCUCAGCAAAUUGGACAUCGACCAGGGCAAGGUCAGUCUCAAGCAAGCGUUCGGCACCGCAUUGUCGCGUCCCUGGAUCCUCCUCUUCCGGGAGCCUAUUGUGUUCUUGCUGUCUCUGUACAUGGCUAUUGUGUAUGGCACCUUGUAUAUGCUCUUCGCCGCCUACCCAAUUGUGUUCCAGAUGGUCCGCGGAUGGAACCAGGGCGUGGGCAGCCUUCCAUUCCUUGGUAUCAUGAUCGGGAUGCUGGCUGCUGUGGCCUACAGCAUUUUCGACAACAAGCGGUAUGUCAAGACUGACGAACAACACGGAGGGUUCGCUCCCCCCGAAGCACGUCUCCCACCAUGCAUGAUUGCUUCGCUCGCUAUUCCCAUCGGUCUCUUCUGGUUUGCCUGGACGAACUACCCAUCUAUCCACUGGAUGGCCUGCGUCGCGGCAGGAGCCCCCUUCGGUUUUGGAAUGGUUCUGGUGUUCUUGAGUAUCCUGACCUACCUCAUUGACACAUAUACCAUCUUCGCCGCGUCGGUCCUGGCAGCAAACUCAGUUUUGCGAUCGGUCUUUGGUGCCGCCUUCCCGCUUUUCACGACGUAUAUGUACAAAGACCUUGGCAUUCAUUGGGCAUCCACCAUUCCUGCCUUCCUGGCUCUUGCAUGUGUGCCGUUCCCGUUCCUGUUCUAUAUCUACGGCCCCAAGAUCCGCAUGCGCUGCAAGUACGCCGCCGAAUCCGAUGCCUUUAUGCGCAAGAUGGCGCAGCAGAUUAAGCAACAGCAGGGUGAGCCUGACGACAAGGAAAUAGAAAAUGCCUUUGACCGCACGGAGGCGCCUGGUGUUGAGGUGUCCGAUAGUAGCGAUGAUGAAAGCGACUCGCAUGUUGGCGAGCUGCCGCCGGUGCAUCAAGUUCGCACUAAGUCAUCGGUUCGGACCGCUGGUUCUGCGCCUUGGCAAACGGCCAACGCUAUCUUCGCGGUCCCAUCUGCCAUCUCGCAUACGGCCUCAAGGAAAUCGAUCUACCAGCUCAUCGCCGAAGAGCCCGGAGAAGAACGUACCCCCCAAAACGCUCAAUCCCAAGCCGCUCCUCCCUCAUCGACGCAACCCUCCUGUCCCUCCCCCACCCCGCGUACAGUCCCCGCCGGUGCCAGAUCUCGAUCGCUGCGUGACGUUAUCGUGGAGGGGCCUCUUGGCAAGCUCGGACGGUCAUAUUCGCGGGUUCAGGAAAGAAGGCCUUAUGCGACGCAAUUCUGGAGCUCGAUUGUCGUGUACCUAUUCGGUGACUUGAGCGCACAGUUAUUGUUUCCUUCGGAUAGCAAAUCGGUGAAGGAUACAGCCCGAGAAAAAUCAGAGUCGGCGUCAAAGACAGAGAGUGAAGACAAUGGCGCCGCGACAUCGGGAGGAGGAUAUGACCCGUGGAGGACAUUGCGGCACUUGACAGUGGGCGCAGGAUCAAGUAUCCCGUCGUAUACCUGGUUCAUGUUCCUUCACCACCACUUCAAUUUCACCUCCAAGUUCCUCUCGAUCCUCACCAAGGUCUGCGUGCAACAGGCCGUUUUCACACCCGUCUUCAACACCUACUUCUUCAGUGUCCACUCGUUGCUUUCUGGUGCGACCUUCGAGGAGACCUGGGAGCGUCUGAAGAAGGCGCUUCCAGUGAGCAUCACCAACAGCGCAAAGUUGUGGCCCGCAGUCACCGCGUUCAGCUUCAUGUACGUGCCGCCUCAGUUCCGGAAUAUAUUCUCUGGAGUUAUUGCGGUCGGAUGGCAGACGUAUCUCAGCUGGUUAAACCAGAAGGCGGCGCGAGAAGUCGAGGCCAAUGAGUUGGCUGAGGCAGCGGCUUCGCAGAUUGGUGUCGGUGCCCCUGCGACGCUGAAGGCAUAG